AUGCAAAUGCUGCGCUACAAACCCCGCACAGGCAGACAGCAGGCACCACCACUGGUGCCAGAAGUGUUACCUACUAAGGAGGCACCACCGCUGGGGCCAGAAGGGUUACCUACUAAGGAGGCACCACCACUGGUGCCAGAAUUGUUACCUACUAAGGAGGCACCACCACUGGUGCCAGCAGUGUUACCUACUAAGGAGGCACCACCACUGGGGCCAGAAGUGUUACCUACUAAGGAGGCACCACCGCUGAUGCCAGAAGUGUUACCUACUAAGGAGGCACCACCACUUGUGCCAGAAGUGUUACCUACUAAGGAGGCACUACCACUGGUGCCAGAAGUGUUACCUACUAAGAAGGCACCACCACUGGUGCCAGAAGUGUUACCUACUAAGGAGCCACCACCACUGGUGCCAGAAGUGUUACCUACGAAGGAGGCACCACCACUGGUGCCAGAAGUGUUAACUACUAAGGAGGCACCACCACUGGUGACCCAAGUGUUACCUACUAAGGAGGCACGACCACUGGUGCCAGAUGUGUUACCUACUAAGGAGGCGCCACCACUGGAGGCACCACCACUGGUGCCAGAAGUGAUACCUACUAAGGAGGCACCACCACUGGUGCCAGAUGUGUUACCUACUAAGGAGGCGCCACCACUGGUGCCAGAAGUGUUACCUACUGAGGAGGCACCACCACUGGUGCCAGAAGUGUUACCUACUAAGGAGGCACCACCACUGGUGCCAGAAGUGUUACCUACUAAG